UGUAGUCACUUCAAGUGUUUCCAGCGUUUGAGAGUGGUGGGCCCCUGAACAACAACAGCAGCAGCAAUAACAUCGAAACCCAAAAAAAGUAUGAGGAAUAUUUUCAUUAUUUUGUCCAUAGCCGGACUGGCGGCAUGUGGCGUCAUUUUGGAUCGUCCGCAACUAAAUCUUAAUGUUCUUCAAGGAACACAAAAUGGUGUCGGCCGUCUUUAUACCAUGACCCGAGAUGAAUUGCUACGCCAAAAAUUCAUUCUUGAUAUCCUCCGCCAGGUUGAGUUGCCUUUGCAAGAUCGAGUCCUUUUGGAAAUGGAUGUGCAAGAUGUCACCAAUGAAAAUAUUUAUACGGGGCCCUUGGACGAUGACAUGCGAAUGGUUUUAGAUUUGAUGCGCAACAAUCGCAUGCUCGGUCGCAAUGACAUGUGUUCCAUGACCAAUGAGUUGCAUUUGCGUCAGUUGUUGGGUCUGUAUCGUCUAUUGGUACGCGUUUGUGAUUUCCAUAUGCUGCAACGUGUGGCUGUCUAUGCCCGCCGAAACAUCAAUCCUGUGCUGUUUGUCAAUGCCCUAACAUUGGCCCUGCAAGAUCGUAGCGAUACCGAAAUGCUCAUUGUUCCCGCGAUAUAUGAAAUUUUACCCCGUAACUAUCUCGACGAUACAGUGAUACGUAGUGUGGAACAAAUUGCCAGAGAUACGACUGGAGUGGUGAAUAGAAAUGUUGCCUCGACGCGUCCCAGUAUUUUGGAUCUAAUCGAUAUGCGACGAAAUGCCAACCUGAAUUUGAAUCCCGUUGUUGGUCUCGGCAUUGUUGACAAGUCUCAGUUAUGGAUGCCAUGGCGUAAUCUCCAUCAACAAUUGGCCAUGCAGAAGACAAUGGGUGGUCGUGUAAUCAUGGUCGAUCAAAAUAGCCAGGAUAUGUCGUUGCGUGUCAUUCCCAUGGGUACCGGUAGAGGACUGUUGGCCGAAGAUGUUGGUCUGCGGGCAUUCCUUAAUAUUUUGAUCGAUGAAUUGGUUGUGGAACAAGGCGAUACCAUGAAGAAUGUGGAUCGUGAUGUGUUGCGUGGCAGAAAUAUUGACCAAGAUGUUUGGACAAUGGGUCGUGAACGAAAUGUAAUGGAUCGCAUGGACUCGAUGAGACGAGGAAAUGAUGACAAUAUGUGGCGCAUGCAGCGGGAGAGAAAUAUUGUGAAUCGUAUGGAUACACUGAGACGUGAUAUGGAUGAGGAUCGUGAUAUGAAUUUGGGAACACGCCGCGACAACAUUUUGCGCAGAAACGAAGAUAUCCAAAAUAGACGUUUGACCGAUAUUGAUGAUGAUACGGAACUUCUCCGAAUGGAUCGUGAACGUACCACCCAACAUAUGGGUAGCACAAAACUUAACAUGCUUAAUGGUAAAGUGGCUAAUAAUCGCCUAUGGAAUCGUAAUAUGGAUACAGUUUCCAAUGUCAAUCGAAUGCGAACUAUGGGAAUUAAUAGAAAUCUCGGAAUGGAUGAUGACCUGCGCAUGAAUCGGAACCUUGGAAUGGAGAGAAAUUUGGACAGAGAUAUGGGAAUGAAUCGAAACCUUGGAAUGGAUAGAAAUAUGGGAUGGAAUAUGAAUGGAAACCUCGGAAUGGACAGAGGCAUGGGAAUGAACUGGAACCUUGACAUAAAUAGAGAUCGCCGAAUGGGAAAUGAUAUCGAAAUGGACAGAGAUAUUCGAAUGAAUAGAAAUCUAGGAAUUGAUGACGAUCUUCGCAUGAACAGGAACCUUGGAAUGGAUAGGAACAUGGGAAUGAAUAGAAAUCUUGAUAUGGAUCGCGAUGUUCGUAUGAAUAGAAAUGUGGGAAUUGACAGAACUAUGGAAAUGAAUAGAAAUAUGCGAAUGGAUAGAGACGACAACAUGAUGACGAUGACUGGUGGGAAGGAUCGUUGGCAAAGUAUUAUGAAUCGUAGAAAUCUGAAUGACGACGACGACAACUCAAUGGAUAAUGAUCGUAUGAUGCAUUACGGUGGCCGCAGAUUGGGUUUACUCAAUGGCAAAUCGCGUAACAUGGAUCUUAACGAUGUUCUGCAAGGUGAUAGGACCGAUGAGCUGAGACGUGUUCCCCGCAGCAUCAAUCGCAUGAUGGUGGGCGUUGGUGAGAGAAGACAACGUAUGGGCCAAUUGAUUUUGCAUAAUUUGCAACAGCUGGUGGCACGUCUGAAUAUUGAACAAAUUGCCCUUCAAAACGGUGUCACAAAUACGGAUUCCAUGAAUCGUUUGGGCCGUGUUGGUCUCAUGAGGGACACCAUCAAUGGAGACAUAAGGGGUAAUAUGCAAUCCGUGAAUGGCCGGGGCAUUUUGGACAAUGAAAUGUCCAUGAUGAAUCGAGUGACCAAGGAUAGCAGCAACAUUGUGGAUGUUAUGCGCGGAAUGGGACGAAUGAAUCGCAUGGUCAACAUAGACCUCAAUAGAAAUCUUAACCAAGGUAGCCGCGGUGUGGGUCGUUUAGAUAAUUUGGAUUUGAAAAUGUUGGAAGACAGUCGUCUAGAUGAACGUACACGGGAUAUUGUGAGGGGAAAAAUGCAAGAGAUUACCAAUCGCCUUGAAAUGACGCUGGAACAAACCAUCACCCAUUUGGAUCAAAGACAACAGCAUUAUAACAACUUGGGACUGGAUGAUCAAAUUAUUAUCGAGGAAAUCGAUCGCCUGGUUUUAAAUGAAAUCCUACAGGAAAUUGUUAAUCUUUCCGAGCUUGUUGAGGGCGGUCAAAUUUCCAAUAUUUUGGAGACUCCCAUAAGCCAAGUGCUUUUGCGUCACACCAUUAACACCAUUGAACGUCAAAUACAACAGCUUCGCAGGCCACGUAAUUUAAAUGAGGUUGUUCUCGAUGGCGUCACCGUUAACAAUGUAAAUGUUGGUGAUUUACGCACCUACAUGGAAGAGGUUGACGUUGAUCUCUCCAAUGUCCUGGACACAAUGUCGUCACAAAAAACAAUCAUUGGUCGCGUGCCACGCCUCAAUCACAAAUCUUUUGCCAUUAACCUGGAUGUAACCUCAAACCGUAAUCAACGGGUUGUUGUGCGCACCCUGCUCGUUCCCAAGGUAGAUGUUAUGGGCCGUCAGAUGAUCACCGAAGAACAACGCCAAAAUACCCUGCUAUUGGACAUUGUAAAUGUGGACUUGAUCCAGGGACGCAAUGUAAUCAAACGCAAAUCCCGUGACAUAACCUGGACGGGACGUGAUGUCACCACCUAUUCUGAGCUUUAUGAACGCGUCAUGCGUGCCAUGCAAGGCAACGUCGACUUGACCUUGAAACCUUUGAUGGGCCAAACUACGCUACUGCCUCAUCGCCUGUUGUUGCCCCGUGGCCGUGUUGAAGGUCUUCCCAUGCAAUUAUUGAUUGUCAUUACACCAGCCGAUGACACCAUGCCAGCGAGAAUGUUGACUGAAGGCCAACAAGUUGUGAACACCCGUUUGGGUCUCAACUCACUGCUCUUGGAUAAUCUACCCUUGACAUAUCCCAUGGAUCGUAAUAUGGGUGAUAUCCGGGAGUUGUUAAACCUACCCAAUAUCGGUGGCCAAGAUAUUCUCAUCUAUCAUGAGGAUAAAGUGAAUCGUCUACGACAAUACAUUACAACAAGUAGAGCUUUUGUAUUAAUCCUCGACACCAUGCGGAAUAUCCUUAUACUUCUGUGCCUGGCAGGACUUGCAGCCUGUGGUAGUAUUCUAACAGAUCGCCAGCGCUUGAAUGUCGUCAAUACGGGACAAAAUUGGCGGAAUGAUAUUGGUAUUGGCCGCCUUUAUGCAAUGACCAGAGAUGAGCUGCUCUUGCAAAAAUUCAUUUUGGAUGUCCUCAGGGAUGUGGAACAGCCAUUGCGUGAUGAAAACCUCCUUUCGCUCAGGGUUGAGGGAAUUGCCGACAGAAAUAAUUACAUUGAGCCCCUGGACUCGGAUAUGCUACUUGUGCUCGACUUAAUACGCUCCAAUCGUGUGCUGGGCCGCAAUGACGUGUACUCCUUGACCGACGAAGUAAUAGUACGCCAACAAUUCGGCCUCCAUCGUCUGCUGGUCCGCUGCCGUGACAUUCAAACUUUACAACGUCUUGUGAUUUAUGCGCGUCAAAACGUAAAUCCAAUACUCUUUGUAAAUUCCUUGAUAUCGGCUCUGCAAGAUCGUCUUGAUACCCAGCAACUGAUCAUACCUGCCAUUUAUGAGAUUUUACCCAAGACAUAUAAUGUGGAGGGAAAUAUUCGUAUGGGAGAGACUUUGAGACGUCCUGUAGGUGGUGUUGGAAGAAAUCAAAAUGUCAACUCUUUGCGUCAACGUCUGCUCGAUGUGACCACAACAAGUGAUGAAGUUCUAUUGUCCGAUGAUUUAGAUGUCCGUUCGGUACUGGAUGUUUUAAUCGGUCAGCUAAUUGUGGAACAGGGAAAACAACGAAAUUCUAUUGGAAAUGAAAAUCUAGUGUCGAGAAGGAGAGAAGAUAUUUAUGGCAAUAAUCGGAAUCGCCUCGGCUCCAGGGAUAAUUUACUUGACAACCAAUCACCAUUGCUUGAUGUUAAUACCCGCAACAUUGGCGAUCAUCAGGGACUAAGAAAUAAUUUAAAUCGAGUUGACUCAAAUAUUGGUGAUUUGCUAAGACAACGCUCCACUCAAAACCUCGAUGAUCGUAGAAGCAUUAAUCAAUUCAAUAUUGGUGAUUUGCAAAGACAACGCUCCACGCAAAACCUCGAUGAAGGUAGACGCCUUAAUCAAGUUUUACCCCUCUCCCUAAUAAACGAUGGACGCCCCUUGGAUGUGGGCAAUACAUUAUCGCUACUCAAAAGGCGACUCGUUGAAAGUGAAGAAAAUACCAAUACCCAUCAACGUCUUCCACGCAGCGUUCUAGAACAAAAUAUAUUAAACACCAGACAAAUUCAAAUUAGCCAACUACUUUUGCAUCAGCUGCAACAAUUGGUGGCACGCCUGAAUAUUGAACAAAUUUCCCUGCAAAACAUUGGAAAUUUGCAAAAUAUUCAAAAUCUUGAUACGAUAAUCAUUCAAGAUGAUCGUUUGGAUGAGCAAUCCAAAACGAUUUUGAGACAGCAAUUACAGGUCAUAAAUCAACGUUUGGAACAUACUCUACAACAAGUCAUACAACAUUUGCAACAGAAACAAAUUCACCAACAACAAAGGGGUCUGGAUAAUCAACGUAUUCUGCAGGAGAUUAACCAACUUAUUUUAAAUGAAAUUUUACACGAAGUCAUCUCUCUAUCCCACUACAGCCAAGAUGGGCCCGUAUCGAAUAUUUUGGAAAAUCCCAUUACCGAAAUUUUAUUACGCCAAAUCGUCAUCACCCUUGAUGGACAAAUUCAAAAGCUAUUGGAUAAACGUAAUGUGGAUGAUAUUCUCUAUAAUGAUGUUAGUAUAAAUAAUCUGCGAGUUGAUGAGCUAAAGACCAUUGUGGAAGAGGUGAGAAUUGGCAAGCAAUCAGGCCGCUUGUUGCAGCUCAAUCACAAACCAUUUAGCCUCACUUUGGAUGUGAACUCAAAACGUCCACAAGAUGUUGUCAUACGCACUCUUUUGGUGCCCAAAGUCGAUGCCCUGGGUAAUCAACUGUCAUUGGAGAAACAACGCUUAAACACCAUACUCUUGGAUAUAGCCCAAGUUAAAUUAAACACUGGACGUAAUGUAUUGCAGCGUAAUUCCCGUAGCAUAGUAUCCGUCGACCAGGGUAAUGUAACCCCUCUUUUGAAAAUCUACCAACGUGUUAUGGGUGUUCUGCAGGGAAACAAUGAUUUGGCCAUUGAACCAAUCGUGGGACAAACAAUUCUACUGCCACAACAUCUUCUCUUGCCACGUGGCCGUGUAAAUGGUCUUCCCAUCCAACUGUUGGUUGUUAUCACCCCUGUAAACGACAACAAUCAAAUCAAUGUAAAUCGGGAAGUAGAUUCCACCUUAGGAGGUUUGGAGUCUUUAUUGUUGGAUAAUCUACCAUUAAUCUAUCCCUUGGAUCGCGAUAUCAUAAACAUUCGCAAAAUAACUAAUCUCCCAAAUGUUCUCAUAAAAGAUUUGCUCAUCUAUCAUGACGAUCAGGUUAGACGAAACAAUUGAAUUGGGAUAAAACAAUUUCUUAUGGAACAAAAUUGGCCAAAUGAUAAAAAGGACGAAAUACUAACUUUAAGAUUCAUUAAUAUUAAGUAAAAUUAAAAAAAAAAAAAAAACUGUA